AUGGAUCUGCUGAUAUACUACACUCCUCUUCAGCCAGCAUUUUAUCCUUUUCCUUUCCAUCAAAUGAUGACGGCAACUCCAGACAUGGAGAUGAUGAAUGAUCAGGAGGUUCUUCAAGGAAUUUUGGAUGCAAACCCCGUUCAAGAACCUGUUCCAGCACCUGCUAAAGGGAGGAAAAGAAAAAGUAAAUCUGAACCCAAAAAACCUGCAGCGAAAGUUGCCAAGUCAAAAGGAAAACAGGAGAAAAUUACAGAUUCCUUCAAAGUCAAAAGGAAAGUAGAUCGGUUUAAUGGUGUAUCUGAAGCUGAAUUGUUGACCAAAACUCUUCCUGAUAUACUAACCUUCAAUUUGGAUAUUGUCAUUAUUGGAAUAAACCCUGGCUUAAUGGCAGCCUAUAAAGGCCAUCAUUAUCCAGGGCCUGGAAACCACUUCUGGAAGUGUCUUUUUAUGUCUGGGUUAAGUGAUGAGCAGUUGAAUCAUAUGGAUGACCACACUUUGCCACAUAAGUAUGGAAUUGGAUUUACAAACAUGGUGGAAAGGACAACACCAGGUAGCAAGGAUCUUUCCAGCAAAGAGUUUCGGGAAGGAGGACGCAUUCUGGUUCAGAAAUUGCAGAAGUAUCAACCUAAAAUAGCAGUUUUUAAUGGGAAAUGUAUUUAUGAUAUUUUUAGUAAAGAGGUUUUUGGAGUGAAAGUUAAAAAGCUUGAAUUUGGACUGCAGCCACAUAAAGUCCCAGACACAGAAACACUUUGCUAUGUUAUGCCAUCAUCAAGUGCAAGAUGUGCUCAGUUUCCUCGUGCGCAAGAUAAAGUUCAUUACUACAUAAAGCUCAAAGAUCUCAGGGAUCAACUGAAGGGUAUCACACAAAACACAGAGGUUCAAGAAGUUCAGUACACAUUUGACUUACAGCUUGCACAAGAGGAGGCUAAGAAGAUGGCUGUUAAAGAAGAAAAAUAUGAUCCAGGUUAUGAAGCAGCCUAUGGAGGAACUUAUGGUGAGAAAACAGUCAUCGAUAGUGAACAGUGUAACUUCUCUUCAAAUGGAGCAGCAACCAGCACAGAGUACGGCAGUGGUCUAUCUUUUGGAGAAGUCCCAAAUGGACAAUGGAUGGCACAGUCUUUCACUGACCAGAUUCCAGAGUUCAGCAACUCUAGACCACAAGAGGAAGGAAACAAUGCUUAAGAUCCGUGUUUUAAGUCAACCUAAGUGCUGUCGUUUUUUUAAAAAAUGUGUUCGUAAAGAAUGGUACCUCAGUUCCCCAACUGAAGCAUUUUAAGAGCAUUUUCCUUUUUUUUCUCUCUUUUUGAUAACCAUUUGUGUUUUUAGAUUUAGAUCUAUGAAUUAGGUCACUUUAAAGAAAUGAAUUUUAAAAUAAAAUAUUUCAUUUUUCUUUUUCUGGGAAACUUUUCUAUUUAAACCCUUCCAUAGGUGUAAUUUUAGGAAAUGGACUCUUCAUUUGCGACAACCCACUUUUGUUUGUUUUAAAUCUGUAUUUUGCAACAUAAUAUGUGAAUUUAUAUUUCUCUUCCAGACCUUCAUGUGCUGGGAUAUUUUGUAUGUGGUUUGCUACACAUGAAGGGAGGAAAAGUUGGUUUGAAGUAUAGUAUUCUUGCUGGAGGAUGACAGAACAAGUUACUGUCCAGUAUGGUCCUUACAGAGCAGUAGAUGUUCAGUUUUACCUAUUGUGUGAGAGACAGCUGCUUUCUAGGGGACCCCCCUAGAAAAUAGUUUUAAGGGGGUCACGUCCCCCCCCCAAGAAGCAGUCCUGGUUUAUGCAUGCAUUGAUGUACAUGAGUUGAUUACUGCAAAUUUAAUGUGUGAUCUUUCUGACUGAGAAUGAUUUGGGCUGAAGCACAUGAUUACUAAGUAAGCUCAAAAGCAGUUCUUUUGCAGGGACUGCGCCCCUUAAUUCAUAUCCUUAAUUCAUAUCCAGUUGUCACUCAUCUUGUUUUGCAUAUGAUUUGCCCUGCCUAAAUAUAGGAAUUUAUGU